UGCUUGCUUGCCCCUAUCGCGUCUGCACAUUGGAUUUUGUCGGUGACCUGACAAUGCAGAAUUGCCCACUGGUCAUCGACGGACUUACAGCACACUCGUCCGGAUCAUUAGGUGCCCAAACAAGUGUUCCACUAAUGGGAGAUGCACGCAGCCACGUAUCUACACAUGUGCCUCGUACCCGUCUUCCACUCACAAGUGUAUGCUUACACCGAAUCGAUCUGGGGCGAAAGGAUGCCUUGGUUGCACCACCUGUCGCACAACUGAUCACUCGUUCUGCAGGUGGCACCUAAUUUUGAUGUUUCAGUUUUGUAACUAUUGCGUUGUCUCAUAAUGUCUUUCGCAAUUCGACCCUUUUGUUAAUUCAUUUGCUAUUUAUUUACCGAAAUCAAUUAAUCAACAAUAUAACCCCAUCAUGC